AUGGAAUCUUUUCAAUUAAAAAAUAUUCUUAAGAUCAAAUAUAUGAAAAAAUACAGUGAUAAUAUCCAAUAUGGAACGGCAGGAUUUCGAACAAAGUAAUUAUUUUAUUUUUACAAUUUAAUAAACUAUACAUAUAUAUAGUAUAUUUAUUUUAUUAUAACUCAGUUAAAUAUCAGUUAAAUUCUCUCUUAAAUGUAUUUAAUUUUUUAUUGUUUAAAAAUAUUAUUAUUUCAGUAAAAUUAAAGUAUAAGCUAAGAAAUUAACUUAAAAUAUUUAAAUUCAGGAACAUAAUUAUAUGUAAAUGUCUUUAAUUUUAUAAAUAUUUUAUGAAUCGUGUUAUGUUAAUCGUAUAAUUUACAUGCAGUUUAUACAAUUUUUAUGUCACUUUUAAUUUUCUAUUAGGGCAAAUGCUCUUGAACAUGUUUUAUAUAGAAUGGGAUUGCUAGCAGUUUUGAGAUCUAAAGUUAAAAAUGGUAAGUUCAUACAUAAAAUUCAUUAUAUUGUAUAUUUUGGAAAAUAUAUUUUUGCUCUAUAUUCUAUUCUUAAUGUUGAAUUAAAGAGAUCUUAUUUUUUCAUAGCUGCAAUUGGUUUAAUGAUUACGGCAAGUCAUAAUAUUGGAUCUGAUAAUGGUGUGAAACUUGUAGAUCCAGCUGGUGAAAUGUUAGAAGCAUCUUGGGAACAAAUAGCUACCAAUUUGGUUAAUGUAGAAGAUGCAAAUUUAAUUUCUACAAUAGAGCAUAUUAUAAAAGAAGAAAAUAUUAAUAUGUCUGCAGAUGCAAUUGUAAUAACUGGUAGAGACACAAGAGAAAGUAGUCCUACAUUAUUAAAUGCUGCUGUUAUGGGAAUUGAAACUUUGUAUGGAAUUGUACAAGAUUUUGGUAUAGUUACAACUCCUCAGUUACAUUAUCUUGUUGUAUGUGCAAACACAAAAAGCAAUUAUGGUGAUCCUACAUUACAUGGUUAUUAUGUAAAAUUAUCAGAAGCAUUUAAAUAUGUAAGACAAGAGCAGAUUAACAAUGGACAGUAUGUGGCAGAAUUGUUACUAGAUGCUGCCAAUGGUGUUGGAGCUAUUGCUGCAAAAGAAUUUCAAAAGUAUUUAGGAACAACACUUGCAAUUAAUAUAUACAAUGAUGGCAAUGGCGAAUUAAACUACAUGUGUGGAGCAGAUUAUGUCAAAGUGCAACACGUACCACCUGUAAACUUUUCCCUCAAACCAAAUUUUAGAUGUGUAUCUAUAGAUGGUGAUGCAGAUAGAAUUGUUUAUUUCUAUAUGGACGAAGACAAUAAAUUUCAUCUUUUGGAUGGUGAUAGAAUAGCAACACUCAUUGCUGAAUAUCUUAAAGAACUUUUAAAAGAAAGUCAUUUAUCGUUUCAACUUGGUUUAGUACAAACAGCGUAUGCUAAUGGUAGUUCUACUGAUUAUAUCUUGAACGUAUUACAAAUUCCAGUUGUUUGUGUAUCGACUGGUAUUAAACAUUUACAUAGUAAAGCGCUAGAAUUUGAUAUAGGUGUAUAUUUUGAAGCAAAUGGUCAUGGCACUGUACUUUUCAAAGAAACUGUUAUUAAAACAAUUAAGGAAGUUGUCAUAAAUCCAGAACGAUCUACAAACGAGAAAGAAGCUGCCUCCAAAUUAUUAAAUAUAAUAAAUGUGAUUAAUCAGACAGUUGGAGAUGCUUUAAGUGACAUGUUACUAGUGGAAACAAUUUUACAUGCAAAAGGUUGGGAUAUUAUGGAAUGGGAAAAAAUGUACGAAGAUUUACCAAAUAAACAACUAAAAGUGAAAGUUAAUGAUAAAAGUAUUAUUACAACAGCUAAUGCAGGAAGACAAUGUAUAACACCUAAAGGAUUACAAGAUGAAAUUGAUAAAGUAGUAUCACAGUAUAAAAGAGGACGAUCUUUUGUAAGACCGUCAGGAACUGAAGAUAUUGUACGAAUAUAUGCAGAAUGCGAAAAUUUGUGCGAUCUUAAUAAAUUAAUUAUAGAUGUAGCAUUGUUAGUCUACGAUUAUGCAGGUGGAAUUGGGCCUAAACCGCAACUUUCUUAA